AUGAUUCGGAUCCGCCAUCCACAAGGUACAGCGUCGUUCAAGGUCGACGAAAGCACCACGACGCUCGGUCAACUGCAAAGCUACAUCGCCGAGCAGUCGGGGAUAGCAGCUUCGGAUCAGGAGCUCAAGAUUGGGUAUCCGCCCAAAAGCAUUGAUCUGGCCUCGGUGGGUGAUGCGACGCUGUUGAGCUCGGAACUUGUGGGGAUCAAGAGAGGCGAGCAGGUGAUUGUAGCACGUAAAGCAGGUAGUGGCGGCAGGUCGGUAUCCACUAGCACAACGCCAUCAGCGACCUCUUCGUCGCACGCUGCGACCACGUCAUUUGGGGCCAUGGGUGGGCCGAAACCGAAUGUGUCGACUGCUACUGGGCCAAGCGGGUCGUACGGGCUAGGCGCACGAACGCUUCAGGACGGCCUCACAGCUCGCACUCCCUCAACCACCACCACCACCUCUGCUGCACCUGCCAGUGCAUCCAGCGGAGCCAACGUCACCGACGGCAGCGUCUCUGCCGCGUUAACUUCUGCUCCCACAUCGCUGCUCACGCUCAAAGUGGUUCCGGACGACAACUCGUGCCUGUUCAACGCGGUCGGGUACCUCUUCUCUCAACGCCUCGGCUCCGACAUCUGCCAAAACCUGCGUCAGACCGUCGCGUCCACCAUCCGCUCCGACCCGGACUCGUACCCCGACAUCGUCCUCGGUCAACCGCGCGAUGCGUAUGUGUCCAAGAUCCUUUCGCCCACCACCUGGGGAGGCGCCAUCGAGCUCUCGAUCCUCUCGCAUCACUUUGGCGUCGAGAUCGACUCGAUCGACGUCGCCACGGGCACGGUGCACCGCUUCGGCGAGGACAUGGCGUACGAGAACCGCGCCAUAGUCGUCUACUCUGGCAUCCACUACGAUGCGCUUACGCUCAAAGACGGCGGCGCGGAGACGACUGUGUUCCCAAACUUGACAGCAAUAGGUGUGGAGGAGGCGGAGGACGAGGUGUUGGGUGCUGCAAAGGAGGUCUGUCGGGAGCUUAAGAGGAGGAGGUACUACACGGAUACCGCUAGUUUUAGUUUGAAGUGCAAGACGUGUGGCACAAAGUUGACGGGCGAGAAGGAGGCGGUGCAGCAUGCGAAGCAGACUGGGCACGGAGACUUUGGCGAGGUUUGA